AUAGGUGGUGUUUUUUUUUUUUUUUUUAUUAUAAAAUAGUGUGGUGUGUGUGUGUGACACUGUGUAUACAUAAAUGAACUCAAAAACAAUUCUUACAUUAUCGUAUAGAUGACACAAAUUUAUUUAUUUUUUGAGACAAACUCAUCUCAAAUACAAAAAAAAAACAUGAAUUAAUCUAAAAAAAAUUUAAAUUGAGAUGUCAGAAGAGACGACAUGUGAUUAAAAGAAGAAAGUCCGUGUGACGUAAUUUAUAAUUCUAAAUUGACUCUCUUGAAAGAUCAACUAUUUUUUUUUUUUUUUUAGUUUAUAAUUUUUUAUUUUAUUUUAAUGUUUUUUCGCGUUUUUUUUGUAAUAUAUCGGGGUAAACGGUUUUUGUAAUUAGCAUACAUUUUUUUUAACAUGCUGAAACAUAUUUUUUGAAAUGCAACAAAUAUUAUUAUAUCAUUUCCUUAAUUAUAUUUUUUGUGUAAUUAUUAUAUGAUUUUUGUGAUAAAAUAAAUAAUGGACAAUAUUUUAAACAGUAUGAGUUUAAUUCAUUCCUUAAGAGUUAUACCAAAAGCAUUUUUACGUACGUUAUUUGUUCUUUUAAAUAAUGCAUAUUGUAUACCCACAUAUGUAAUAUGGAUGAUUUUAUUAUUCCCGUUACGAAAACUCAAUCCAGAUGCAUAUUGGAGGAUAGAAGGAUAUUUUUUUCAUUGGUUGUUAGCGAUGGUUUCGAUGUGGUCAUGGAGUGCUGGAUACGACAUUGUAGAAAUGGGUGAUGAUAUACGAAAAUGUUUAGAUGAACGUACUUUAGUUAUUGUAAAUCAUCAAUCAACUGCCGAUGUGCCCAUGUUAAUGGCAUGUUUUAAUGCCAAACCUAAUGUAUUGCCUAAUAUUAUGUGGAUUAUGGAUAGAGUAUUUAAAUUUACUAAUUUUGGUAUUGUUAGUGUCAUGCAUAAAGAUUUUUUUAUUGUUGCGGGUAAAAAUACUCGUGAAAAGUCGUUACUAGAUUUAACAAAUCAUUUAUAUGAAGUAUUUAUACCAUUACAAAGAAAAUGGAUGGUAUUAUUUCCAGAAGGGGGUUUUUUAAGAAAACGUCGAGCCACAUCACAACGUUAUGCUGUUAAAAAUAAUUUACCUGUAUUAUAUCAUGUUACAUUACCUAGGAUAGGUGCUAUGAAGAAUAUCUUGAGUGUUAUGUCCCCAAAUGGUUUUGAAUCUGGGAAUAAUAAUGUACAACAAGAUGAUCCAAGACAAAUGAAUUUAACACCACUUGAUCGACUGACGUGGGUUGUGGAUAUAACUGUUGCAUAUCCAGAAGGUCAACCGUUGGAUUUACCAACAAUUGUUUUUGGAAAUCGGCAGCCGUGUAAAACACUAUUUUUUUAUAGAACUUAUCGAAUUGAAGAUUUACCAAAGGAUGAGGACAGCCUAUUUAAAUGGUUAUGUGCCCGAUUCGUAGAAAAAGAAGAAAUGCUAGAGACAUUUUAUCGUACUGGAUAUUUCCCGUACAGCACAUACUCAAAAACACCAAUGCCACCACAAGAAGUAUCACAAGAUUGUUUACGCUUUGUUAUGUUGCAUUUAUUUUUUAUUGCAUCAACGUAUAUACAUUAUCAAAUGUUUUAUGCAGCUUAUGAGUAUUACACAUAUCUAACGCACUAACGUUUAAUUCAUUUCGAAUUCUAAUUGUAAUUAUAGGGAAUAUUCAUGAAAUUUAUAUUUGGUUCAAAUAUUUAUCUUCCGUAACUUUAAUGA